ACCACAUCUUGGCUUGUGUUUACUUACGUACAACGUGAUGGCUGAAUGCUUCUGCCCUAACCUUCGUCGGGUCUGGGUGUCUCUCUCUCGCCUGAGUAUCGGUGACAAAUUUCCCCCGUUCUCACUGGGACGCUUGUCCUCAUCUAUUUUGCCCGCCGGGCAUUCUACAGGAGGGGCACUUGUUCAUCGGCCUACUUUUAAAAGCCAGCUCAAUUUUUUUUUCCGCUCUGCGGGAAAUUCUUUAACGGUCUUCGGUGGGAAGCCGGUUACUGAACUCAGGUGGGGGUGUUGGCGUCCCUCUCUGCUGGGGCUUGGCAAGGGGGUCCACAGGAUCUAAUUGGAAACUUCAAUUUUCUAUCUCUAUUUACAAAGGAACUUUUGUUCCUUUUCUCUCAUCGCCCAGCCUUGGGCAACAAUUUUUUCUCGUCCCAUCGAUACGACGUAUCGGGCUCGAUACGACGUAUGCUGUCAGUGGCCCUGAUAAACCCAACAAAGAAAGAAAAGAAAGAACAGCUGAAUAAUCAAGAAGUGAGACAGAGUUAUUAAUUGUGGAAAUAGGUAUCUACCUGGAGUCUCUUCAGGUCACCGGUGAUAGUGAGAGAACCGUUACAAGAAGAUACGAAAGAGAUGGUGCAGAAGUACAAGUGGUGGCUAGGUGUGGCAGGUGUGUUGGUGGGUAUGACAACACUUGGGGUACUAAUUGGCACAACCUGCUGGCACAUGGCAUACCGGGAGGCCACCCUGCACGCUCUGGCCAGGGAACAACACGCGGUGCACCUUGCAAAGGAACACUGUAGGCACAACAUGGAGGCAUUGAGAUCAAAAAUGGCAACUGGUGCAUUUAUGAAGAAUGAUGUACCCGAGCUAGUAACUGCAGCUCGCCAUACAGUGACUCUUGCCGUGCCUCAGCAAGUGCAUGCAACUCCAGAACAAAUUGAUGCCUAUCCGCAGGCGAGAGAUGAGUCACAUGUGAGAGAGAGGUCACUUCCAAACACCAAGCACAAGCAGACUGUGAUGGUUAGCGUGUUGUUAGGCUGUAAGACAUUGUCCAUGGUGAGUGUGUGGGAGGCCAUGGAGCAGCAGCAACAACACGGUGGCAACAGUCAUCAUGUGCAGCUGUCAUCAUUUCUUGCCCAAACUAGCAAUUACUAUUAAUAGUAAUUUUAUUAUUAUAUAUGAAGCGCUAAACCCGUGUGGAUAAUUUAGUGCAAAGUUUGGUGGAGGUUCAGUCCUCCGUCCACUGGUCGUGGAGUAACUCGUCAUCCAGAAUGAGCUACUCACACUGACCGUGAGCAAAAAGUAAAUUAUUAUUAUUUUUAUAAUCAAGGGGGAAGCGCUAAACCCGGAGGAUUAUACAGCGCCUGGGGGGGGGGAUGUGGAAGGCAUUCAGGCUAAAUUCGGGGAACUGGAGCACAGAUCCAAUUCCCUAAAUCAAGAGCCCUUCACCAACAUCAAGGAACCUUCCUUGAGGGGAGCAAAAAGUAAAGAGAAAUCAGGUGGAAUUAGGAAGAAAAUGUUAUUCUUUUUAUAUAAAUUUGAGUAACGUUAUUAUUAUAAGCUUUAAAAAUAGCAUAUCACAUCAUGUAUCUCUUUAAGAGUGUAGGGUUAUUUGAUCCAAGGAAUUACAUUAUCUUUUCCUUGACAGGGGACUGAUCUACUAUGAAACUCAAGCUUCAGGGCCCCUAAUCCCGGAGGGGCCCAGAAACGACUUUAGUCACAUUGCUUAAAAUUUUGGGGUCUACUGUAUGAGAAGGGGUUGCGAAGGGGCCCCCAUAACAGUUCAAGGACCCAAAAUGUAGGUCUUCCACUGCUCCUUGGAUCGAAUCUGAAUGCCUCCCAUUCCCCAUGCGUUGCAUGACCUCUUCAGGUUUAGCGCUUCUCACGAAAGUCAUGAUAUUCAGAAGUGUUUCUUGUUUGUCUUGCUCAGAGUUCUAUUGCUCAAAGUUCACCCUGCUGUAGCUUAGCGCUUAUUUUUGAUUAUAAUAAUAAUCAACCUGCUGUCCCGUCUUCAGUAAUUUGUGUAUGUUCUUUUUUUUUUGUUUUAAUUUCUAGAGGUCCAAGGACCUAUAACUACCUCUUGUAAUUAUUUCCAUUGAUCUACCACAGUACGAAGAAAAAAAUUUCUAGUAUCCCUUAGGCUCCACUUUUUUCUCAGUGUAUAACAAUGGCUUCUUGUUAUCCCCGUUGCAGUUACAAGAAAAUCCUCUUUAUCUAAUCUUUGUCGUUAUAUGCUGUUUUUACUUGCAAUCAGCCAGCGUGAGCUUCUUUAGUACUUACAGUUUUUCAUCAUAACUUAAAAUAACUCUUCGUAAUCAUUUUGUAGAUCUUUGAACUUGUCUAUUGUAUCCACAAGUUUCUUUUAAGGUAUGUGAACCACUCCACAGCUGCAGAUAACAAUUUUAGCCUAAUAUAUGGUAUAAACGGCUUUUUCAACAUUUUUUCCAUCCAGAUAUUGAAAAUCUGUUUUGUAACUCGCUUGAUUAGCAAAUGAGUUUCUCACAUUUUCGUUUUUAUGAUGUUCCAGUAACUUUUUAAUUAAAAUAACUCAUAGGCUUCUUUAUAUGAGACGAAAUAUUUUGUCUGUAUUGUAUAAUUCUACUGGUUUAGCGCUCCCCCGUGAUUAUAAUAAUAAUGUCAGUCUGUAUUC